AUGAAUCGAGCAACACCCCUCAAGGCGGCUAUCAAUGAGCAAAAUCUGCCUCACCUUUCAGCAAUCAAGCACAUCAUUGCUGACCGCGCGGACCAAAUCCUGCACAAACGCAACUUUGGUGGUGGCUGGGAAAAGUGGCUUCAAUUAGAAAUAGCCGCCGAGCUCGACAUGGCUUUCACAAUUGAUGUCAUGUGUGAGGAGCACAUCUGGCCGCAUUCAGAAGAACAGGUCGAUCUUUGGCUGCAGAACCCAACAGCCAGUUACAACAAACGUCAGCCAGAAGAGAUAGCGAAGGAACAAGAACUGCAAGAACUGCGACGUCGGAACGGGUUCAUAUAUAAGCCAAGUCUCAAUCAGCUCCAGCGCCUCACCCAGGUUCAAGAGCUAGAUCAGCCGGUCGGAAUUGAGUUGAAAUGCCGGAGGUUCAAUCAGACGUCCGCCAGGUUCCAAGCGAGCUUCUUGGAAGAUGUGCGGAAGAUUCAGAAUAGACCGGAAAACAUACCAUGUACACUGGUAGCGUUGGCAGUGACGCCUUUUAAGGAAGACGUGGAGCGAGCGCUUGCUGGUGGAUUUGGGAAUGUCGUGGUUAAUUGGGAUUGCGUGCCAGGCAACAUUCCACUAUGGCUGCUUUAUGUGGAGACUCAUUGGGUACCUCUACAAAGAGAGCCGAUGAAUAUCGAGUAA